AAGCUGAUGAUCUGUGUGGGUGCGAGGGGGAGCAUGGAGCCCUCGGCCCUCACCUUUCAGAAGUGCAUCUCUCCCUCCCACCAUGUGGGGUCCCUUGGGGGCCACUCCCUACACUACGGGACCCUCCCUGUGCCCCUACACCCCCCCAGCCGCAUCAUAGAGGAACUCAACAAGACCCUGGCCCUCACUAUGCAGCGAUACAAGAGGUGAGGAUGAAGGAGAAGUGUGUGUCUAUCCAUGCCUCCAUGUGGAUGGAUUCAGUGGUUCACAUAUCCAGUCUGCCUUGUACUCUAUUCCCAUUGGUCCUGCCCUGUGCCUACACUACAGCGGUGUGUUGGAUUGUGGGUAGUUGGAUAGUUGGAUGGGGUUGUUAAGGAGCUUGUUAAUCAUGUGACUAAGGGUUUUUAAUCAGUGAGGUUAAAUUUGGAGUUACCACAAUACAGAUGUAGGAUCCUAAUUUGAUCAGACUGUUGCAGGAGGUUUAAAAAGGCUUCUGACAUGAUUUUCCCUUACGGAAAAUAUAUCUACCCCUACAAAAAUGUCCAUAAAUUACAAUCCACAUUAUUAUUCAUGUCCUAUUGCUUCAGGAUUAUUUUUUUGCUGUAGCAAACUGGCUCACCUACAUCUGCACUCUAGGCAGCAUUUUGAAACGUCUGGUCAAUCAUACACAUCUCAGUACAGAGACCAUUUAAUGCACUAAUUCCCAGAGCCUUGGCUUUACCUCUGGGUGUAUGUGUAUCAUUGGCUGGUGUCUAACCAGUUCAGACCAAUUUAGAGCACCACCAAAAACGCACACACACACCAUCUCCAUCAGUCAUCACACAUGUGGAAAAGACUCUGCAAUCGACCCACACACUCUGUGACUGAUGUGCCAGCGCCAGAUUGGCCUCCCAUGAUCCAUCACUCUGAUUGGUGGGCCAGCAGGGGGUUAUGGACUCAAGCGCAUAAUAGAUGUAGGCAUCCUAUUCCUUUUGUAGUCCUUCUUGUUUUACUCAGUUGCUGUCUAAAUGUGUCUAAAUGUUAUGUUAGCAAACCUUGUUAUUUUUGGCCGGCCUAAAGGCACACCUAAACUGAGUUUGUAAAAGCAACAGAGAUCAUUAUUCUCCAGUAUGGGAGCUCCACAGUUGCUAGUUUGCUGCUUGUUUUCCUGUCUGCUCCUGUGCUGUUUUCCUGAUUGAUGAUGCUGCCUCAAGGCUCAUUUAUGAUUGGUUUGCAGUUUGUUUUUGCUGUGCCUCAUGUCUCCCCUAUGGUUGACACAGGCUGUGUGUUUUAGGUGUGGUAAUGUGAGUCUCUACAUCCUACCAUGUCUGUUACAUCCAGUCAGUCUAAGUCAUGCAAUGCUUCCCUGCAGAGUGAGGUACCAAUAUUAUUUUAGGAGCCACUGACUGUGAGAAUUAAGAGAGCUGUUCUGAUUCUCUGGCUUGUUUUUCUACAGUGUUUCAGUCUUGUUUUUUCAGUUGAGUUGAGGUGCCGUUUACAUGAGUUCCAGAGGUUAUAGGUCAUAGCUCCUUUCGUAAUAACUGAUGGUGGAAACAUAACCUGACAUUACCUAACUACUCCCCUGUCUGUCUAACACCACACACACACGGAUGGACAGACACACAUGCCCACCAUCUCUUGCUAACCUUUUACCUUUCUCACCGACCUCAGCUCGCUGCACCACGCGGUUCCCACAGUGAUGAUAGCAUGUGACUACAAUAAAGAGAACCUCCCCAACGAGGAAGACUAUCAAGAACUACCUGGUUCGUACAGGGACGAGGAUGAUGAAGAGGAUGAGGAAGAGGAGGAGGAAGAUGAUGAUGAAACACUCUUUACAAGUAGGUGUUUGUUUAUCCAUCAUUGGUUUGGGACCGUAGUGGCUGUUUGGUCUCUGCUUGGUGCCCCUGCUUCCUGGUAACAGCCUCAAUGGCUGCUGGGAUAUGCAGUUUAAGAACUCUCCUUUUAUUGGACCCCUCCAUUCAGAGCUGUGAAUCCCAUUGGUUUUCGUCCCUGAUUUGAGUGUUGAAUGUGACCAGUCAAAGCACUGAGGUGACAGUGUUGAGAGGUGUUGCGUAACCUCGGUCUGUUAUGUCAUGAAACACACACACACCAUGGCUGGUCCUCAGAUCCCCUGUUCCAGUAGUUCCCUUCACUCCUUUUCAUAAGCAGUUGUGUGAAUUAUUGAUUUGAGGCACAUUAUGUUUAUGAGGUAUUUAUACACACCUCUCUCCUCUCUGUAAUAGGGUUAUGUAAACAGAAGAGUGGGUUGGAAACAGUAAACACACAAACACAGUCCCAUCCUCUAGCUCACACUGGAGAGGGUAACUGCUGUGACAGUUUAAUUGCUAGGGCAUGAGUUAGCUGUGGUGCUAGUAAUUCCAAUUUUAUCAAAAUGUUAUGGACAAAGUUUGCUGAUCUUAUACUGGCCUCUCUAAAAAACAAUUUGUGCUUGUGUGUGUACGUGUGUGUAUAGGUACCCUGGCACUGAAGGUAUUGAGGAAGGACUCCCUGGCCAUUAAGAUCAGUAACCGUCCGUCACAGAGAGAACUGGAGGAGAAGAACAUACUGCCCACACAGUCAGACCAGGAGAAACUGGAGUUCAGGCAGCAGAUAGGCACUAAGCUCACACGGUGAGAGACACACACACACAUACAGAUGCACACCCUCCCUAUAGCAACGGAGAGACUUGAGUCACGUUAACAUAUAGGCACAAGGUCGCAUGGAGAGAGUAAAAUUCACACAUACAAACACACGCAGGCUCAGCUGCUCUUACACAUUGCAUACAGUCAAAACAAUUGCAGAGAGAGAGAGAGAGCGAGAGAGAGAGAGAGAGAGAGAGAGAGAGAGAUAGAGAGAGAGAGAGAGAGAGAGAGAGGAGGAGAGAGAGAGAGAGAGAGAGAGAGAGGAGAGAGAGAGAGAGAAAAUAUGGAUGAGCGGUAGAGGAGGGAGGGAGAGUAGCAGAGAGCCUGUCACAUUUUUAUCUUGAAUAUGCCAGUGAGAGGGCGGACAUCUUCAAGUGGGAUUUUACCCUCACAGAGUACAGAACAUGAAUACAGGUGUGGCAAUAUCAAUUAUGUAUAUAAACCCUGGAUUGCUGAUGCAAUGUAUUGGCCAUUGAGAGGCUUAGAAGCCACCAGUCGGCCAUAUUGGCACUGCCGAGUAGGAGCAGUCCUCCAUAGGAAUGCAUUGAAUUAUACAGUAUUUCAAUUAAGGAUAAAAUUACAUAUAUUAAGUAUUUUUCUGUUGUAGUGGGGACAGUAACAUUAGUAAUCUCAAAAAAAUUAUACUUUAAGGAAAAUGUUUAUAUAUUUUUGUAUACUUAUGUUUAGCUCACAUAAUCUAAUUUUAAAGUAUGCAUUAAGGUGGCUGUAAUAUAAUAAAUGUAGCAAAAACUAAAGUAGACAUUAAUAAAUGCAUUUCUAUAGCUUCCAAAAUAUUUUUUACAGUGGUGGGGGAGUGCGAAGAUGGAGGCACAGUGGCUUUAACACAGCGCCCCCUAUCAGUAAACUAAUGUAUAUAUAGAUCAUUGGGCAAUACAGGAAGAAAACGGAAUUCACAAACAAUUUCCUUUCUUCUAUUGCCUCCCACUCUCAUUUGUCACACUCACUACAACUUGCCUUUUCCCUCACUCCAUCUCUUCCUUCCCUCCCUCCAUGUAUCUCCUUCUCUACCUCCCUCUCCAUCUCUCUGCUCCCCCCUCCCUACUCCUUCCUCCCUCCCCUUUCUCCAUCUCUUUCCCUCCCUCUUGUUGCUGUAUGAAUAAUUGUGUCAGACUGUAGAGGUGGUAAAUAAAUACAUGUAAAUCUGAGGCAGUCAGGGCUCACAGAAAACCUGCUCUGACAUCAGCAAAUAAAACACAAUAAAACAAAACACAAUAAAACACGUUAGGAAAUGGUCCCGACUGACUCUAGUUCUAUUUUCUCAGGAGAUUGAGUCAACGGCCAACUACAGAAGAGCUGGAACAGAGAAACAUACUCAAACGUAAGUAGCACAGACUAGAAAGGCAGAAGACACAUUUCCAUUUCUCACGAAAUUGAUAAUUAAGUGUCUUUUCUGUUUUAUUCUAUUCUAACCUGUCUCGCCCUCUCUCCCCUAUCUCAGGGCACAAUGAGCUGGAGGAGCAGGAGGAGAUGAGAGAGCUCAAGAAACGCCUGUCGAGAAAGGUGAGAGAGGGGAGGAAGAGGGUUAGAGGGGGGGGGGGAUUGGGUAUCAAUUUCCAUUAGAUGACAGACCAUUGGAAAUAUGAGUGUGUGUGUGUGUGGUGACCCUCAAUCACCUCACACACACACACAGGGCCAGCCCUAGGCAUAAAUGACAUAAUUGACUGCUUAGGGCCCCACGGCCGCUAGGGGGCCCCAGACCCAAAAUACAAUUAUAGUUGUCUUUUUUUACAAGAAAAUUAGAAUGGGGUCGCAACGACAGGUUAUCCAUUAUAUUGACCAGAUACUCUAAUGGCCGAUCUAAAGAUUAAAAUAAAUGUCUUAAAAAAUGGAAGGCAGUCGGGAAGAGGCAAGAUCAGGUGGAACCAUUCUAGCCAAUGAGAGGGCUAUAUGCGUUUAAACAACUGGCACAACGCCGAUAUAAAGUGUUUUUUCUCAAAGUUGACGUGUCACGUGUCCUACUUAUAUCAGUACACUCGUAACAGGCUAAGCAUUUCAAAACUUCUAUUCGAUCAAAUAAGCCACACGUAGUAAAUAAGCCAUUCCAUUUUUUGUUAACCAAAUAAAAUAAAACGCCACCUGCUGGAGAAGACAGAUUUUGGGCCCAGUUAUCCCUCUCGCUUUGCCUCUUCCUCUCUGUUUCAACUUACUGUUGAGAGUUAGAAUAGUAGAAUACACAAGGUGCAAUUUUGAAAUUUGGUUGUGCAUCAGCAGUUUUUCUCUUGUUAUGUCAGUCACUGACAGACACCAACAACAUUUAGCUUAGAGCCCCCAAAAGACUAGGGUCGGCCCUACACACACACACUCUGAUAACCCUUUUUUUACCCUGUCCCCAGUUAAGUCAGAGGCCCACGGUGGAGGAAUUGAGGGAAGCUAAGAUCCUGACCCACUUCAGUGACUAUGUAGAGGUGGCUGAUGCUCAGGACUACGACAGGAGGGCAGACAAACCCUGGACACGACUCACAGCUGCUGAUAAGGUAAUAACACUCACACUCACAUGCAGGUGUGAACACACACACAUACACAAAUGCACAGUCAUUUGAAUACUGUUUUCUCCGACUUAUCUCUGGCUCUGUUUGUCCCUCGUAGGCUGCCAUACGUAAAGAACUCAAUGAAUUUAAAAACACAGAAAUGGAAGUGCAUGAGGGUAGUCGCCAUCUCACCAGGUAUGUACUGUAUGUCACAGCCAUACUACAAGCUGCAAGACAACACAAAGACACUAGCCCAUAUCUCAAGCCGUAUACAGUAACUAUUUGAAGAGUUUAAUUCCAAAACGCUAUAUGUCAAUUUUCAGAAAUGUUGGUAAAUUAGCUUUUAUUGUUUAAAGAAAUUAUGAAAGAGGUUGGUGUGCUUUUUCAUUAUCUAAUCAUGGCAUGGGGUUGUUCAAUGACAGACAUGUAUUUGUUUAAAAUGUAUCACUUGGUGGUUUCAUUUCAGAGACAUUUAGUUUUUUUCCCACAAUAAAUAGUACUGCUAGGUUUUAUACAGUCAAAUGUAACAAAUAACUAUAUUUUUUAUAAAGAAAUGUACAAAUGAUACAUUUGUUACAUCAAUAUUUAAUAAUUAGAAGACAGGCGCAGGAAUACGUAUUAGUUUUUUAAAUUUCUCCACCCAACACAAGGUACGUCAUGAAAAACAACGGGGACGAAGCCCAAAACAAACACGUGUGAAUAUAACACAAUGAUGUAACCCAAACAAAAGAGCGAGGUGUAAACCUCUAAAUAAUACACGGGACAAGACCCUUAAUAACAAGAGCACAAUACACGGUACUCACGAGACCAACGGACAUGGGACAAUAAUCGACCAGGACAAUGGGGAACAGAGGGCACAUAUAUACACAUACUAAUCAGGGGGAAUGGGAAUCAGGUGUGCGUAAUGAGACAAGACAGUCCGGGGUUGGUGGUAAUGAACCAGGUCAGUGACGCCUCGAAGACCGGUGACGUAGACCUCCGGAGCUGGUGAACGGAAUGAGCAGCAGUACCGGGGGGGAUCUGUGACAUCAAUACAGUAAUAUGAGAUCUGUAAAACAUUUUAGUAAUUUAGCAGAUGCUCUUAUCCAGUGCAUUCAUCUUAAGAUAGGUGAGACAACCACAUAUCACAGUUAAAUAUACAGGAUACGAACAUUCCAUUCCAUUUAAACAAUGAAUAUAGCGUUUAGGAAAAAAAGCACCUUUUCAUACACAUCUAAAAUCUAUGAAUAAAAAAUCUGAUAACAGUAAUAUUUUACACACACAUGAAGGUACCCAUAAGCAAUCAUUUCUGAUGAAAAAACACAAAUGUUUAAAAUUGGUGGAUAUAGCGUUUUGGAAAUAAACUCUUCAAUUAUCUCUCUCUCUCCCUCUCUUUCUCUGUCCUGUAGGUUUCAUCGACCAUAGUUCUUCUUCUGCCAUCUUUUACAAGAACCUCAAGUGCUGGACCGCAAACUACUGCCUCUGUGUACCACACCCCAUCGCUUCCAGACCAGAACACAACAAGACCAGAACUGGACCAGAACCACACUAGAACCAGAGUAGAACAUGUUCUGAAACUGACCCGAAAUGUAAUCUGAACCUGGAGGGGUGUGUGUACAGAACUGGGCAGCUGACACUACUCCAGGCUCCAGUGUUGCCCCAAAAUAGGCGCUAAUAACUGGAGAGGGCAGACUGGACCAAUCGCAACAGUAUCUUGGUCCUGUGGUUAUAGAGCGGUCACAGUGUGGUCGUGUUGGGGUUGCAGAGAGUGAGCGUCGUACACAUGGAGAGAGACUGAUGGAAAGCACUGGACGGACUGACUGGGUCCUCCUCUAAAUGGAGAUUAUAUGGACUAAAAAGUAUUGUUUUUAACAGCCUUUUAUUCUAAUUUUUUAUGAUGGAGAUAGUUAAUGUGUUUACUUUACUGCACUUUGGUUUUUGACGGUACUCUAUGGAGGGGUUAUGGAACUCUAUUCCUAUAUCUGUGCCAAUGAGACUUUGGGAUUGUGGGAGAUUGAGUUUGGGAGGGCACCCGUAAGGAAUACAGAGAGACAUCCUACAACUGAUUGGUAAAAAUGAUUCUCCUCCAAGGGUUGUUGUUCCUGCCUUUUAAUACUUUUUGGUACAUUGUUAGUUUGACUGUUUUCCAUUGUGGGCUGCUGUUUCCAAAACAGAGGGACCAAAUCCUUUUAAUCUGAUAGUACUGCAGAAUAGUAUUCUGUAAUAAGUGUGUUGCGGUUAAAGUACUACGUACAAUACCGUAUACGGUAUGUGCUACUCUGAAGGAAACUGUAGUAGGAGAAUAUGAUCAGAAUAUUUACCUCUAAAAAAGUUGAAAUGCAAAUAUAGAUAUAGAAAUGUGAACCUAGCAAUAAUUGAACUUCUCUUUCCUCCAUCUGUCUCUCUUUCUUGGCUGCAUUCAAGUGAACAAUUACUGGGAACAUUUCAGAGAUCUACCCGCUCAAUGGUGGUCCUCUGUAGCUCAAUU